AAAGGUUCGAGCAGUUGCAGGAAAGUUCAACUAGAUUGUAUUUCCUUCCUCAACUCGGCAUUUACAAUUAAUGUAAUAAUUCAACUCAUGUCAAGUGUCGUUUACACUCCAUUUAUGACCGUCCUUUCAUCAUUUAUGAGCCGACAACAACACUGAUUUGACGGGUGCUUUCUCCGCACUGGCGGGGGAAAUUAGAGCGGAAAUAAACACAUUGGGGUUUGCACUCGCGAAGCUCUAUUACGUACUCCAUGUAUUUCUGACUUUCUUGGGGACUAUUUUGUACAUCCACUGUGAGCCUGAGAGUGCAUACUGAAACUUUUAUCUGGCGCAAUGCAUUACACCCAAAUGGAAACUCUUCCACAGAACAGCAAUGGCACGUUGUUUUUGUGUUGUGGAGUGGCUCUCUUGGCUGCACUGAGUAUGGGCUUUGCUCUGGGCUAUUCAUCUCCUGCUGAUGUGGAUUUAACAAAGAGUGGUAUACUGAAUGAAAGUGAAGCAUCUUGGUUCUCGUCUCUUUUGAACAUCGGGGCCGUCAUGGGUGGACCAAUUGCCGGGUACCUCCUUGGCAAGAUGGGACGCAAGAUCACUUUGAUGAUGGUGUCUUUGCCGUUUGUUGCUGGCUGGGUGUUGCUAGCGGCUUGCGAGACGGUUGCUCCGCUGUACAUUGGACGCAUUCUGACUGGUAUCGGAGCUGGUAUGGCAUCGUUGAUCACUCCGGUUUACAUUGCUGAGAUGUCAAGUCCUCAACUUCGUGGUUUACUUGGUGCCAGCUUUCAGCUCAUCAUCACUGCAGGGAUACUGAUUGUCUACGCUCUCGGGAUAGCAUUUAACCACGUGUGGCUUGCCAUCACUGGGGGCUGCCUUGCGGCUCUACUGGUGGUCCUGAUGUUGCCGAUGCCCGAAUCUCCUCGCUUCUAUCUCAUCAGGCAUCAGAGAGAGAAAGCAUUGGAGAUACUGCGAUGGCUGAGAGGACCUUCCGCUGACAUCGACGCGGAAUGCCGUGAAGUAGAAGAUGCCUUGGACAACUCAAAUGAGAAAUUUUCCAUGAAGGAGUUCACCAACCCGUCGCUCUUCAAGCCCCUACUCAUCUCAAUAGCGCUGAUGAUCUUCCAGCAGUGCAGCGGCAUCAAUGCCGUCAUGUUCAACGCCAAGGACAUCAUGGCCGCGGCAGUGACGGGGAUCUCGGCUGACGUGGCCACCGUCAUCUUGGCCGCGGUGCAGGUGGGAGCCACCUUCCUGAGCGUGGUGCUCAUGGACGUGGCUGGACGCAGAAUUCUGCUGACUGUUGCAGGAGUCAGCAUGGCGAUAAGUUCCGCAACAUUCGGACUCUACUUCCAACUCAAACAAGGAAACCAUAACAACGGGACGAACCUCACUGGUGACUUCAUCGACGGGAUGCUCGACGGCGGCAGCAACGAGCCCAACCUCAGCUGGCUCUCCCUGAUCAGCCUCGUCGUAUACAUCAUCGGGUUCUCCAUCGGCUGGGGCCCGAUCCCUUGGCUCCUAAUGUCGGAGAUAUUCCCGUCAAAGGCUAGAGGCGCGGCCAGCGCCAUCGCUACGGCAACCAACUGGAUGUUUGCUUUUAUCGUCACCGUGUCGUUUAAGUCGAUGGAGAAUGCACUCACAGAUCAGGGAGUCUUCUGGCUGUACUCUGGUGUCUGCGUCUUAAGCAUCAUCUUCGUGCUGCUCUUUGUCCCCGAGACCAAGGGGAAGACUCUGGAAGAGAUCGAAGCAGAGUUCCAGAGCGGCAGUCGGCACGUCCGUCUGGAAACUGACCCAAAUGAUUACAACCCAGACAGAGGCAGUUAAAUUGUGAAAUGGGCCGAGAUGACUGAAUUCCUCUGUGGCUUUUCAACUCGGUGCAGUGUUUAACAUUAAAGGUAUUACAAAUCUCCCAUAAUGAAAUUAUGAAGAAAUUAUAGAAAAUUUUAUGUUCAUCAAACCUUUUGAGUUUGAGAAAGUUUAAACUCCUUUCUGCCUAACUGAGGAUUUCAUUCGAGAAUACAUACAUGUACAUUGUAUAAGUCUUUUUUUAAAGAAAACAGUAUCGUAAAAAUGUGUUGCACCAAGAAAACUAUGAGCAUGGGAUAGUGUUUACUGUGAAAUGCUUUUACCAGUCAGGCAGAUAUGGAUGAAUACCUUUUUCUUACAACUUAAAGGAACACGUUGCCUUGGAUCGGUCGAGUUGGUCUUUGAAAAGCGUUUGUAACCGUUUGUUAUAAAA